ACCUUAACCAUUCAAGCCGGAUCAGGUGCUGAGCAGAGUCUGUAGUCAAUUGCAGCAUUUAAUUGUUCUUUGCUUCUCUUCUGCUUUGCUUCCCUCUUUUUUCUCCGGCAUCUUCACCUCUACAAUCCCAACAUGGAUGUCUCAAACCUCGAAGCCGCCUUUGAGCGGAUUACCGUCACAGACGAAAACGACGACCAGCUUGUCACCACUACUACCUAUCAUAAAUCGAAAACCUCCCUUUCCACUGCAGUAUCUAUCUCCGGACUUGCGUCGUCAAACUCGGCCGCAAACCGCAUGAAACUGCCGCUACAGAAGCUUGCUACUGUCAACUCUAGCAAGAUCGUCAGUGCAAACAUUACCAAGGUCACGCUUCCAUCCCAGGCCGCUCAGCAUUGUUCUUCAGAUGAGAAUCCCUCUCACCGACGAACACUCACCGAAUCUGCCAUCUACGCCCAGCCUUCAGGUCCCAAACAAUGGCACCUAGGCAUGUUUGAAAUCGGCAAGCCUCUCGGCAAGGGUAAAUUCGGACGAGUUUAUCUCGCCAAAGAGCGCUCCACAGGUUUCGUCUGUGCCCUCAAGGUCCUGCACAAGAGCGAGCUCCAGCAAGGCGGUGUUGAAAAGCAAGUGCGUCGAGAAAUCGAAAUCCAGUCUCAUCUCGCCCACCCCAACGUUCUGCGCCUGUUCGGCUAUUUCCACGAUGCGAAGCGCAUCUUCCUGAUCCUGGAGUUCGCGGCGAAGGGGGAACUGUACAAGCAUUUGAGACGGGAGCAGCGAUUUCCGGAAUGGAAGGCGGCGCAAUACAUCGCCCAGAUGGCUGCCGCGCUGAAGUAUUUGCACAAGAAACACGUGAUGCACAGAGACAUCAAGCCGGAGAACAUCCUCGUCGGCAUCCACGGCGAAAUCAAGAUCUCAGAUUUCGGCUGGUCGGUCCACGCGCCAAACAAUAGGCGCAACACCAUGUGUGGAACACUCGACUACCUCCCGCCAGAGAUGCUAAGUGGCGGCGGCAAGAACUUCUACUCUGAGAAAGUCGACUUGUGGAGUUUGGGCGUGUUGAUGUAUGAGUUCUUGGUUGGUGAGGCGCCGUUCGAGGAUACGCAGGUCAUAACGUAUAGGAAGAUUACAAGGGGAGAAUACACGGUGCCGAAAUUUGUGAGCGCUGAGGCUAAGGAUCUGAUCAAGAGGUUACUUGUCCUAGACCCCGAGAAGCGUAUCACCCUAGAAGACAUAGAGAAACACCCCUGGAUCGUAAAGCACUGCCAGAAAGGCGAACGAGCAUAUAACCGCGCUUCGGGCGGAGAACCCCACAGCAGUUCUGAGAGGGACAGCUGAAACAGACAUUUUUCUUGAGUAGGGUCCUGAUGUCGCGGCGUUUAGUACCUGUCUGCAUGUUCGAUGUGAAAGAAGGGAUCUAGCAGGAGCAAAAAGGCGUUCUAUUGGCUGGAAAGGGUGGGUUGGAUGUUGCAAUAAGCUGACUUGGAGUUCGCCGGCUACAGGCUUUUUGUUGUUACUGUUCUACGCUUUCGGCAUAAAGAUGGUUGGGUAGGUCGUGCGGAUAAUGAAUACCAUCCGCUUAGCUCUGCGUGUUGUGAAGGAGGAGGAGCG